AUGGCGCGGUUGAAUGACGACCAAGACGCAGCCGUCGACUCCACAGAGAUCCUGAGUCCACAACCUUUCAUCCUCCAAAACAAAGGCUUUCUCGUUUCGUCUCUCGAGCCCGCUAGCGAGUCCUACCAAGCGGAUAAUGCCCAAAUGUCCACCCAGGAUUAUGAAUACAACUCAUCCUCAUCCUCCGCGCGACACUCAACAAGCGACGUGUUCGGCCAGGAAAUGGACGACGAACUAGAACAACUAAAGUCCAGAGCCUCCAGUCGCUCCUCACUAUCUUCCGUUCCGGCCUCCGUCCUUGUCCACCCAGUCGACAAAGUGAAACAAAUGCCCGAUAUGGACAUCCACGAGAAAAUCGCCGGCUACAGAAUUGAACAGUCCGAAGCUGGCUUCGGUGACUUCGACGAAGUCCCCACUGCUAUUCGAACAAUCCGCCAGCGUGAGGCUGUAUUUCGGAAGCCCAGCUCCGUCAGAGCCAUGCAGAUGCACACAGAAGACGAAGCAGACGACGACGAUUAUCUGACUCCUCCGCGCCGACGCGGCGGUAUGCGCUCGCCCGGCUCAUCGCCGCUCAAACAUUCACCGUACUACUCGCCCAAUGCCCCGAAACCGCCCAAGCAGAAGAAGGAGGCGCCGCUCGUCCUGCUUCACUGCACGCUUCUCCCGCCCUCCAUCGCCGUGCCGGGCGCCGCUGACCCCCGGAACCAGGACAUCCUCGAAGAUGAGCUACCGGUGGAAUACUGGAAGCGCUGGCGGCGUCUGCAAGACCGUGUUGGAUCAGGUGUCGUGCGCGACCGGGGAGUGUUGAUCUCUCAUCCGGAGGAUCUGUACGACAUGCUCGAAGAGCGACUUCUGGAAAGUCUAGAGCUGCAGCGCCCACGUCUCCAGAACGGGCAUUUCGUUGGACGCGACGAUAAUGCGACCUCUGACGACGAAUUGUCCGAUUUCGAGGAGAGCGAGACAGAUGGCGAGCAAGGCGAUGAGUGUCCCGAUUGUGGCGGCCACGUGCGACACGGCGACAGCAAUCGCAAAUGGGAGAUCCGGGUGUUUGCCGCCAAUGGGCUGAUGCGCGCUGGGGCGUGGGCGGCUGCAUGGCGGGAUAUGGAGAAGGUGGACGUCGAGGUUGGGCUUUGGCUACCUUCUGACGUGCGGCGGGGAUUAGAGAGGAGGCUUGCGGAGGAGCAGAUGGCUGUUGUUGAGCGAGAUCAGGCUCAGUCGCCGCAAAUGCAGAUGAUGCAUAUUUCGUCGCUGGUCGAUGCCGAGAAUCAGGUUUUGCCGGAGAUUCUACAGUCGCCUAGGCAGGCCCAUGCGAGGAUGAUUAGUGGUGUUGGAUCUUUCCGGUCUGAGGGGAUGUCGCGGCAGAGCUUCUCAGAGCCUCCUAUUCAGCGUGAUCAUCAUGUUCCCGAUGUUGAACAGAAGAGAGAGCAUGAAGUUGCGCUCUCGACACUCUUCGCCAAUUAUCUUCGUGUUCUGGCGGCUGAUAGGCGCAAUAUCGCACUCGUUCUUCUGAGUGUCCUUGCUGCGUUCCUCGCUAUUGGAUCUCGCCAGCAGCUGUCGCUUUCCUCUGAUAUACAUUCUUUCCACGGCACCUCAUAUGACACGACGGGGCCCUUGGAAGCGUCAAGUAUGACUGUUGCUUCGUCCCCACCUUCCUCUCUCUCUAUGCCGAUCCUUGAAUAUUUAACGGCGACUGAAAAAGUCCAGGCCCCACUGGCCUCUUCAGUAGCAGAAGUUGCCUCGUCUAAUGACCUAAAUGAUAUAGAGGCUAUGUCUACUGACUCUGCGCAGUUUACAGAACCUACCAUUCAGGCGGACAUACUGGAUACUGUUCAUCAAGAAGCGUCAGAGGCCCCCUCUAGGUUUGUUGAUAUCGACAUUGCCUCUCAACUUGCCGAAGAACCCGAAGAAUCCGAAGAACUUGAACAAUCUGAGGAGUCUAAACAAUUCGAACAGCUCGAAGACCCUCUGGAAGUUCAAGAACCUUUUGACUCUACCGCAGGGUUUCAGCCUCAGCUCGACGACGUAGCUGAGCCUUCUGAAUCUGUGGAUCAUUUCAAGUCUCCCGACCUGUCCGCAGACUCCACAGGAACCACAUCAUCUUUGGAAAUGGAAGAAACUGUCGAACCUCAACUCACAGGUUUUGAACAAGAACAGGACAGAGAGGAGGAUAAGGAAAAGGAAUCAAUUUGA